CAAAAAAAUGAAUAAACGUUAAAAAAAGUAAAAAAAUAAAUAAAAUAAGAGAGAGCUGAGAAUGGGAGAAGAGCGGAGCAUCUAAGCAGUACACCCAGCCUCCUCUUCUCGCCACACCUCACUCUCGCAGCGCACCCGCCCUGCUGCCUGCUCACAGCCCAGAACAGCUUCCACCAUGGCCACCUCUGCGAGUCCCCACAUGAACAAAGGCAUCAAGCAGGUGUACAUGUCCCUGCCUCAGGGAGAGAAAGUCCAAGCUAUGUACAUUUGGAUUGAUGGUGCUGGAGAAAGCCUGCGCUGCAAGACCCGGACCUUGGAAAGUGAACCCAAGUAUAUAGAAGAGUUGCCUCAGUGGAAUUUUGAUGGCUUUAGUACUUUUCAGUUUGAAGGCUCCAACACUGACGUGUAUCUUGUCCCUGCUGCCGUAUUUCGGGACCCUUUCUGCAAGGACCCCAAACAGCUGGCGUUCUGUGAAGUCUUCAAGUACAACCAAAAGUCUGCAGAGACCAAUUUAAGGCAUACCUGUAAACAGAUACUGGACAUGGUGAGCAAUCGGCACACCUGGUUUGGAAUGGAGCAGGAAUAUACUUUCAUAGGCACAGGUGGGCCCCCUUUUGGUUGGGCUUCCAACGGCUUCCCUGGGCCCCAAGGUCCAUACACUACUGUGGCAUGGGACAUUGUGGAGGCUCACUACCAGGCCUGCUUAUACACCAGCAUCAAGAUUGGUGGGACAGAUGCUGAGGUCAUGCCUGCCCAGUGAUUCAAGAUAGGACACUGUGAAGGAACCGAUGUGGGAGAUCAUCUCUGGAUGGCCUGUUUCAUCUUGCAUCGUGUAUGUGAAGACUUUGGAGUGAUAGCAACCUUCGAUCUUAAGCGCAUUCCUGGGAAUUGCAAUGGUGCCGGCUGCCACACUGACUUCAGCACCAAGGCCAUGCGAGAGGAGAAUGGUCUGAAGUACAUUGAGGAGUCCAUUGAGAAACUGAGCAAGCGGCACCAGUACCACAUCUAAGCCUAUGAUCCCAAGGGGGCCCUGGAUAAUGCCCAGCGCCUAACAGGAUUCCACAAAACCUCCAACAUUAAUGACUUUUCUGCCAGCGUGGCCAAACGAGGUGCUAGCAUCCACAUUCCCUGGACUGUUGGCCAGGAGAAAGGUUACUUUGAAGACCAUCACCCCUCUGCCAACUGUGACCUCUUUUUGGUGACAGGAGCCCUCAUCCGCAUGUGUCUUCUCAUUGAAACUGGCAAUGAACACUUCCAGUACAAAAACUUAGUGCACUAGACUUGCAGCCAUCAAACCCCUAAUUCUCCAUCCUGCCUCCGUGUUUGGCCCUCUCUUGACUGUCCUAAUAGCUGUAACUCAAGGGUCAGAAUAUCAAGGACUUUUUUUAUUCCUCAUGCCCACUUAACUUCUCUUGCUUUCUUUUGAUCAGGAUAGAAGGGUCAAGUUCUUAAUCUUUUUACAUCCCUCCCUUUUUCCCCUGUUACUGAAGCUGUCUAGUACAUUAGUGGGGAGGGGGUGGGGAGACAUAACCACUGUUUCCUUUUAAUCAGGUGUGUUUGUCCAAUAGGCAUACCUAUCUGGACAGA